AUGUUAGGUAGCACAAAACGAAACGUAUAUUCAAUACAUCAUCAAAUUAAGAGAAAAGUAUCAACAAAUGUUCAUACCCAUACAAUAAAGACACCAAUUGGAUUAGAUGCAGCAAUUCAAGAAUUAAAACCUAAAACCACAAGAUUAUCAACAGAAGGAACAGUAGAUUGUCCAUUAACUGGAUUUGCAUUACUUAAUUCACCAUUUUUAAAUAAAGGUUCAGCUUUUACAAAUGAAGAAAGACAAGCUUUUGGUCUUGUGGGAUUGUUACCUCCUAGAGUAAAUACUUUAGAUGAACAAACUAAAAGAGCUUAUGCACAAUUCAAAUUACGUAUAAAUGAUUUAGCUAAAAACUCGUUCAUGGAUUCGUUAAGAUUACAAAAUAAAGUACUAUUCUUUGAUUUAAUUCGUAAACAUGUUAAAGAAAUGUUGCCAGUGAUUUAUACUCCCACGAUAGGUGAUGCUAUAGCGGAUUAUUCACAUAGAUUUAGAAAACCUGAGGGGUGUUUUUUAGAUAUUGGCUCUCCAGAAACUAUUGAUGAGAGAUUAGCUGCAUUUGGUGGUGAAGAAGAUAUUGAUGUUUGCAUCAUUAGUGAUGGCGGCCUGAUUCUUGGGAUUGGUGAUUAUGGAGGUGUUGGUGGCUCAGUUAUAGCUGUUGGAAAAGGUUCAAUAGUUGUAGCAGCAGGAGGUAUACAACCUCAUCGUAUCUUAACAAUAGGUAUAGACGUUGGAACUGACAGAAAAUCCCUACUAGAAGACCCCUUGUACCUCGGUCGUAGAACCAAACGAGUUCAAGGACCAGAAUAUUACAAAUUUAUGGACAAAUUUAUAAUGGCAUUUAAAAAGAGAUUCCCAAAAUCAGUAUUACAUUUUGAGGAUUUCCAAACUGAACCAGCUAAAACAUUGUUACAUAAAUAUAGAGAUAUAUUACCUUGUUUCAAUGAUGAUAUUCAAGGUACUGGUUGUGUUGUUGUUGCAUCUUUAAAAGCAGCUUUGAAGUACACAAAUAGAGAAAUUACAGACAGUAAAAUAUUGAUAUAUGGUGCUGGAUCAGCUGGUAUGGGUAUUGCACAACAAAUCAUUUUGAAUUUAAUUACUUCAGGUUUAACUGAGGAAGAAGCACGUAAAAGAAUUUAUUUAAUGGAUAGAUUUGGAUUAAUUACAACAACAACAGAAUCAACAGAAGCUCAAAAACCAUUUGCUAAACCAGUUAAUGAUUGGGAAGGUAUUGAUACUAAAAAUUUAGUUCAAGUUGUAGAACAUAUUAAACCAACUUGUUUAAUAGGUUGUUCAACUCAACCAAAAGCAUUUAAUGAACAAGUUAUAAAAACAAUGUAUAAAUACAACAAACAACCUAUAGUAUUUCCUUUAUCAAAUCCAACAAGAUUACACGAAGCAUUUCCUGAAGAUAUAAUGAAAUGGACUGAUAAUCAAGCAUUAAUAGCAACUGGAUCACCAUUUAAACCAGUUGAUGGAUACGCUAUAUCGGAAAAUAAUAAUUGUUUUGCAUUUCCUGGAUUAUUAUUAGGUUCUGUAUUAUCAAGAGCUUCCAAAAUAAGUGAUUCAAUGAUCAGUGCUGCUGUAGAUAAAUUAUCAGAUAUGUCUCCCAAAUUUCAAGAUCCUAAAAAUGGUCUUUUACCAGAUAUUUCACAAUUAGAUUAUGUUUCAGCACAUGUUGCUAGUGCUGUAGUUUUAGCUGCUAUAGAUGAAGGUUAUGCUCGUGUUGAAGAAGAACAUAGACCUAAUGGAGAAUAUGUUCGUGUACCUCGUGAACCUGAACAAAAUUUAAAAUGGGUUAUUUCGCAAAUGUGGGAUCCGAUUUAUAGACCUUAUAAUAAGAUUGAAUAUACUGUUCAAACGACUCAAUAUUAG